CCACCCCUCCCCAGCCGCCACCCACCUGUCCCUUCGCCGGCACCCACCCGUUCCCUCACCGCCGCCCACCUUCGCCACACCUCCCCUCCCCACCCCAGAUCCUCUCCCCUUUCCUCUAUCUCUCUCUCCAUCAACUUGACUCCCAGAUCCAACUUCCCACCGCCACCUCCGGCGACCUAAGGCGGGAUUCGAUGGCGCCCAACAUACAUUUGUUACCAUCCCGUCUCGUCCUUCCCCUUUCCUCUGUCUCUCUCUCCCUCAGGCAUCUUCCCUCUCUCUCAGGUACAUCUACAACUGCCUCGCCAUGGAUGGCCUCUUCAGGAGCUCCUGCCGCUGCUGCAGUUUGUUUGCGUCACCGCCCGGUCUUAUCCGCUUGACGAAAUGGAAUCCUGCGCCUCCACCAGCCGCGUCCUCCUCCCUUUCCCUCCCCGCGCCAUGCGGCCGGCGGCGGCCGCCUGCUUCGGGCACCGCCGGGCGGGGGCCGACCAGAGAAGAGGGGUGUGGCUGGCCCCGGCCCGCGCGUCGCUCGACAGCGUCGCGGUGCUCCUCGACGCCGCCGUUGGGGCGGGGGCGGGGGCGGGGUACUCGCAGGCCAGCUACAACACCUCCCUGGGGCUCUUCAUUCUCUCUGUGUCGGGGCUCUGGUCGCUCAUCAAGCGCUCCAUCAAGUCCAAGAUUGUGCAGAAGACGUUCGUUAGGGAGGAAGGGCAGCCGACGGCGCUGAGCCUGGUGGCCGGGGAGAUCCUCUCGUUCUUCAUGUGCAACAGCUUCGCCGUCUCCGACUGCGGCAAGGUCAUCACGUUGCCUCCUGACUACUAUCGAUGCCAACGGCCGCCGCCUACCUCUUCAUCGAUGACCAUGCCAACUAGCGCUGCCUGCCUCCCCAUCAACGACGUCGGCAACGACUGCACCCCAAGGUGGUGAGACAAGUCCACCCUGGAGGUGUUUUGUCAUAAUAUUGAGGAUCUGCAUCUUCCAAGGAGGAUGAGUAGCAGCAAAUGAGCCUGAUGGUGAUGAAGCACCUAAUGACUAGAACUCUUCAAGAGCUCUUUUGUCCUUCCAAAACAAGGUCUUGAUGUCCCUCUUACAGAAAAAUGUUCAUAUAUGUUCUUGCAUGAUGCAUGUGUGCAUGUUGGAUGGUCACAUUCUAGUGUACUAGCUAGCUAGUAAGCUUGUUUUGCUACCGGAUGAUUGAAUGUACCUCACUGACCGUUUGUCUAUUUAUUGUGUACUUGCAUGAGGAGGUGACUAGUGAUGUGGUGCGCCAAGCAGCAGUAGGGGAAGGGGGUCUACUAAUCAAGGAGGCGGAUGAGUAGGGGCGUGCCCAACCGGCAGCCCUAUCUUGCUCACGAGGGAGGGGCAGGAGGGGUCUGCUCCUCUGCUUCCAUUGCGACCGCGGCAGAUAUUUUGAGUAAAUUCAAGACGAACGAUGUUCAAAGAAGCUCCAAGACAUUCUUAUAUAGCAAGUUAAGUAAUAAUAGCGGGGUUAUCUGGGAAUUUAAUGUAUCUUCUCUCUAUUUGUGAAUGAAAUAGUAAUUACGUAUGUGAUUUAAUGUAUCGUCUCUCUGUGAAUUUCAUGUAUGUUUCAGAAUUACAAUUUCUGUUUCAUAUGAAAUAGUAAUUAUGUA